AUCUAGUUUAUUAUAGACUUCUCAAUCUACUGAUCUGUUAUAUAUGGUUUUUAAUGUGACUUUUACGUCGCAAUUCGCAAACUAAGAUCCUUGUGUUGUGAUGUUAUCUGUUUUGUAGUUUAUUACAUCAACGUAUAAAAUAAUAAAACGAAUGCUUUUCAUUGUUACAUAAUCAUAUUUGAUUUAUGUAAACGAAGGUUGGUAUACGAUACGUAAAUUAUAUCAAGCCUUUCGACGAAUUGUUAUUCGAUAAACUGUGUCAAUUAAACCUUUAACUGAGAUUCAUUUGUUAUUUAUACAAAAAUGUGUCCAUAUCUAAUGAGAAAACGUACUUUGCCAACACGAAAUUCUCAAGAGUCACAGUUAAAAGAGCAAAGUUCACAUCCCAAAGUGAAAUCUAAAAAAAUUGUUACACGUAGCAGUUCUAAUAUGAAUAAACAAGAUUCAAAAAGUAAGAAAGAGAAAGUUAUUAAACAGAAAAAUAAAAAUGUUUCGAAUUCAACACAAAUGUCUUUAAGAGAAUCAUUUCUAAAUCAAUCCAAAGUGAGAGUUCUACGUUCUCACAAAAAUUCUAAAAAUCCCACUAAUAAUAAAUUAGUGAAGAAAUUAUCUCCUAAGAAAAGAAAGCCACCUGUUUAUAAAUGUAAUUCACCAGAAAGUCCUAAGGAAAAUACCAAUGAAAUAUAUGAAUUUAAAUUUGAUAUUAAUGAUUCAACUGAAAGAGUACCAAAAAAGCGAAAAAAAAGAGCUGUUAUUAAGAAAACAAUAGCAAAACAGAAAAAAAGAAAUGUUCCAGUAAAACAAGUUAGCAAAGAACAAUCAACUAGUAAACCUGAAAAGAUCAAGAAAAGAAAUGUUGUUAAAUUUGAAGGCGGUGAGCAUAUAGAAUCUCUGAUUAAAAAUAGAAAUGAUGCAUUAAAAGAGGAAUUAGUGGAAAAGCCUAAAACAGAUGUAGACAUGGAUAAAGAAGUAAAAGAUUUAGAAAAUAUAGUCAGAGAAGAAAAUACUGAUGAAACAGUUACAAAACCUACAAUUUUAUCGAUAGAAGAUUUAAGUGAUAGAAGGAUUUCAAUAACUAAUAUUUCAAAAACAUCAGCCUCACAUGAUUUUAAACCAUUUAGACCAACAAAUAUUUUUAAUAACAAAUUAACCAUACAAAAAAAAGAUGCGCUUAAUUAUUCUUUAUUUGAAAAAUCUUUGUCACCAAUUGUAAAAUUAGUAGAAGAUUCUCAAAUAUCCUCCAGUCCCUGGAGAGCAGCACCAUUACUUACAUUUUCUCAAGUGAAAAAUGUAUUUCAAAGCACACCUCAAAAUGAUAAGUGUGAUAUUAUUAAUAAAAAAUUCUUGCAAACAUUAAGUAAUGAAUCGAAACAAUUUGGAAAUAUAACAAAAACAAAAAAUAGUUUACAAAAGAAUAAUGAAAAUAUCAACAUAGAAAGACACAUAAGUAAUAGUACCCCUAAAAGAAAAAAUCUUGUAAAUUCCAGAAAAUUUGGCACAGAAAUUACAAAUAUAGAUCAUUCCUUACAGUUUAAGUCUUCAAUAGAACAAAUAAAUGAACGAAUACCAACUGAUACUGAAAACAUUCAGCUAAAUACUACCAAUGUAACUAAUAUGUUUAAAUUUGAUAAUAAUGAGAAUAAAGUGAAAAAUGUAUUAAGUCCAAAGAAUGGCUUUAAAAGAGAAGCAACAAUGGGUAAAACUAAAAUAAAUCAAGGAAAUAUAUUGAAUAUGCAAUUUGAUAAAGAGAAAAAAGAAUAUGAUUCCCAACCUGGACCAUCAGGUUUACAGAGCUAUUCAAUUUCUAACACAGAUAGGGUAUUAAGACAAUCAAAUUUAAAUAAUUUCUUAAAUGUAAUGGAAAUGCCACAGAGUACUACAAUCAAAACACCUCAUGGAAUUUUCGAUGAUGCACAAUCAACACCAAUUAUUAGUAGAACCCCGAAAAAGGCUAAUGUAUCUACUAUGGAGUUAAAAAAUGCAUUUGGUUUUAGUGAUAAUGAUUCUAAUCAAGAGGAGUCUCCUAUUAAGCCUAAACAUGAAAGAAAUAAAGGAGAAAAACCUAUUCAAACAGAUAUGGGACGCAAUAUAAAACCUAUUAGAUUAUCAAUUGGUGAAAUAAAAAAUAAGUUACUAACUAAAGAAUUGAAAGAAGAUAUACACAAUAAAGAAAAUAUAUUAACUGAAAAGAAAGAAGUACAAAAGUUAGAGGAAAAGAAUAAGAAGUCAAUUGAGAUUGUUAACUUUUCUGAUACAUUUGAUAUUUUAUCUGAAACAGGUGAAAGAUCAGUAGUUUCUGCACAUAGUAUUCCACUAUUUGCUGAUUUGGAACCAUCUCAUUUUACACAGCCUCCACGACAUUCAUAUAAACGAAAACGUGACUUAAGGUUCAAUUUUUUGGAAGAAGAAGACGAAGAAGAGGAAGAAAGAAUAAGGAGCACUGGGACAAAACGAAAGAAAACUGAUAAAUUGAAAAAGGAUCAAGAAGAAAGAUUAUUGAAGUGGGUUCAAGAUAUUAACAAAACAUUUAGUGAGAUAGACCAACAUGAACUUGUGGUUGAAUAAAUCGUUAACUAUUAUUACUAUUGUAUUAGGUAAACGAGAAAGUUUAUGUCGUUUUAAUUAAUGGGAAUAAAUGAUGCAAAUGACACAAACUUUCUUGGUUAUGUGAUAGAAAGAUGAGAUAACAAUUACUAAAACCUUGAACAAAUUUCGUUAAUAGUCUUGUAUCUUUUUAUCUAUAUAUGUUUUAUUAUUAUUAUUUUGUUCCCUAACAAUAUAUGAAUUUAUAAAGGAAAGUGUUUAUAUGACAAUGGAUACUUAAUGAUUUUAUACUUAGUUAAAGGAUAUCUUUAUGUUUUCAGCCUACAUACAAAAUUAUCUGAAAACAUUUACUCGCAUAAUUUAAUAUAGCUAUAUACUUGUAUUUGUAAAAAAAUUUUUAAAUAGAUUAUAUACUUUUUACAUUAUUAAGAUAUAUAAUAUAAAUGUACAAAAUAAUAUAAUACUAUAAGUGAUAUAAGUAGAAAGUUACUAAUAAAGAAUAUAACUAUUUAUAUCUUUUACAUACGUGCAUAUAUUAUUUUAGUAAUAAUAAUAUAUAAUCUAAAAUAAAUAAUUUAUAUUUCGACACUACCAAAAUUUUUUUUGUUUACUACCAAAUCGAUUUUUGAACAAUUUUUUUUCAUACAUUUCCUAUAAAAAAUAAGUUUCUUGAAUAUUCAUUAGAUAUUAUUUGAUAUUGUCAAUUCACAUUGAAAUAUAUUUUACUUGCAUUAAUAAAUAUUUUAUAUAAACCUAAGCAUUUAGACAUUUCUCUACAUCCAUUGUAUAUGCAAAUAUAUUUAUAGAUAUUUAUAAUAUAGAUUAUGCAUAUAUGGGUGAAGUAUUAAAAUCUCUUGUAAAACGUAAGUACCCACAUGCUUAUAUGCAUCCAUACAUGCUUUAUGUUUCAACAUAAAUUAGAGUUUGUACGUUGUACAUUGUACAUCGUAUACAGUUGUGUAUUUGUAUGCGCGCGCAUACAUAAAUACUUAUUAUUGGACCUGAUUUCCACCAAACGCUGUUACAUUGAUACAACUUUUAAAGAAAAUAUUUAAAAGGGCACUACUGAACAUUUUUAUUCAGUGAGUAUUGCAUAGAAAAUACUGCUUAUAUCUCUACAUUAUGAACAAUUAUAACUUCAUUAAUUAGUUGGUAAAAUAUUUAUAUAUGUAGGUUACAAACACAUAAAAAAGUUAUUGACUAAAAGUACACUUCUGCGUCAAAGUAAUAUGUGAUAAAAAAUAUUCAUUAAAUAUUUUACUGAAAAUCAUUUUCAAAUUGUGAAUUAUUGUUUAUUCAUUAAUUGUAACGCUAUUACCAAAAAAGAGAAGAUAAAAGUGUUAAGUAAACCAGAUUUAAUUUUUCAAAUAGAAAUUAAAAUUACUUUUUCUGCUAAAUAUAUCCUUUCCUCAAAAAUAAUUCAAAUUAAGAGUGGAUAGUGGUAUGUCUUGUAUUUAUAAAUCUCAUAAUCACUUUUCACUUCUAUGAUCUAUAUAAUAUUAACAUUUUGAGAACUGAUGACAUACGUUUAAUUACAAUUCAUUAUCGGUGUUGAUUUUAUAUCUAUCCGUUAUGAGCUAAUGCAUAUAUAUGCA